CAAAAAGUUUCUAGAAUGGAUUAACUGACGUCGGAACUAAACAACAGGCUCUUUGUUCUGCAUCGGAAACACGUUCGUGUCGGACCCGAGAAACCCAAACAAACGCAGAGAGGGAGAAAGUUAAAAUAAUGUAAGUUUUCAAUCGAUCGCUGUACUACUCACCUGGGAAUGAAGAUGCAGUGCACUUUAGUGAAUGAUGUCUCCGGAGAUCGGGUGGAGUUGGGUGAUGGUCGAGCGCUUAUAUUUGGUCGAGGUCCUGAGUUUAAAAUUACAGACAAGAAGUGCUCAAGGCAUCAGGUCAAACUUGUGGCCAACUAUGCAAAACAAGAAGUCCUUGUUACACAGUUAGGGCCCAACCCAUCUUCCUUAGAUGGUCAGUGUUUGGGAAGGGGCCAAUCUGCAUGUCUGACGUCAGGUUGCAAACUCUUCCUGGUUAAUCAGUCUCACCCAUUUACUGUAGAGUUUGCUGACAUUUCAGACAGCAACUCUCAUUCUCCUAAGGAUGAGGGGAGAGCAGUAAAUGUAAGCAUAGACACUGGUGAAACAAUGGAGACCCGGAGGUCAGGUCCCAGGAAAAACAUCCAGGAUUAUUUUACUCAAUCCCAAAAAAAGGUAAAAAAACGUGCACACAGCCCAGAAGAUGAUCCUCCUCACAGAAAACGAGGGCGUGGUGAUGAUGAUGAUGUUGAGGAGAUCUCAGCCGAGGAGAAGCUUAAGCAGUUGCAAGCAUUAGCUCAGAAAGAGAGCAAGAUCACACCAAACUCACCAUCAACAAAUCCGAAUGCUCAAUCUUCUACCUGCUCUCGUAGUCACUGGCAACAGAUUGGAAGUCUCAUGCUCUUUACUGCUGCAGGGGUUUCAGAUAGCUCCAAAAUCGCAGGGUUUGACAUUGAUGGCUGUAUUAUCACCACAAAGUCAGGAAAAGUAUUUCCCACGAGUCCAGACGACUGGAGGAUUCUUUUUCCAGAAAUACAACCAAGACUUGCCAGCCUGUUAAAGAAAGGAUUUAAGGUGGUGUUUUUCACCAAUCAGAUGGGCAUUGCUCGAGGCAAACUCAAACCAGACGUGUUUAAAUCAAAAGUAGAGGAUAUUCUACAAACACUGCAGCUGCCUGUCCAGGUUUUUGUUUCCACUGCUCCGGGUAUUUACAGAAAGCCUGUGGUUGGGAUGUGGGAACAUUUGUGUGAGAAGGCGAAUGGGGGGAUUACUAUAGACAUGUCACAAAGCUUGUACGUUGGAGAUGCAGCAGGUCGCCCUGCAAACUGGGCUCCGGGAAAAAAGAAGAAAGACUUUUCCUGCAGUGACAGACUGUUUGCCCUCAAUAUUGGUCUUCAGUUUCACACCCCAGAGGAAUUUUUCUUGGGCUGGAAACCUGCUCCAUUCAACAUGCCAACCUUUGACCCUAGAAAAUUGGACUCUAAUAAUCGUCUUUACGAUCCACCUGACGCCUCCCUCACAUCUACCAAACAGGAAGUCAUUGUUGCAGUGGGAUUCCCCGGAUCGGGGAAGUCGACAUUUUUCCAAACACAUGUCAUUCCAAAAGGCUAUGGUUAUGUGAACAGGGACACACUCGGUUCCUGGCAGCAGUGCGUGUCAGCUUGCGAGCGGGCUCUUAAAGAAGGCAAAAGUGUAGCUGUAGACAACACAAAUCCUGAUCUUGAGUCUAGAAAAAGAUAUAUCGAUGUCAGUCAAAAGGCCGGAGUUCCCUGCCGAUGCUUCAAUUUCACAGCAACUCUGGAACAAGCAAAGCAUAACAAUAGGUUUCGUGAGAUGGCUCCUUCCACCACCAAGCAUGUUCAUGUGAAUGACAUGGUUAUCCACAGCUACAAGAACAAGUUUGUGCCACCAAGUUUGUCUGAGGGCUUCUCUGAAAUCCUGCAGAUUAAUUUUGUGCCAAGUUUCAGUGACAAGAGAUCUGAAUAUCUAUUCAUGCAGUUCUCUGAGGGUUAAACAAAUGGACACUAACAUCAACAUAAACAGAUGCUUGAAGGUUAAUGACAGUUUGAUACCUGUUGUUUAUGCUGCACAUAUCCAGUAACUGCAUAAUUCACUAUAAAAUCAGGAAUUAUAAGUAAUUCAACCCAACUCCAAAUGUUGUGUUAGACUGCUUGAUCCACAUAAUUGUCAGUAAUAUUUUUUAUGUAUAUUUUUUAUAUUUGUUGUUUAUUAGUAGCUGCUGAAAAUGUCCUUGCUAUUGAUUUUACUGGAAUAAAGAAACAUACAAACAAAA